AGGUCCAGAGGUGUCUCUGAGGCGUGGAUGAAUGGCGAUGGUAUUGUUUCAGGUUGCUGCCACCGUAGCUCAGGAUUACGAGGUCUCUGACAUUCAGUGCAGCGGCGCAGGAUCAGCUGCCGAUCUGCUGACAGCGAAGAUCAAAAGGCCAGUUGGUUUCAGAGGUGCACCGCUCUUUGCCGACGACAGAUCCGCCAAUCCUCUCACCGACAUUCACUGCCAGAUCAGGCCAGAUCCCAACGAUCCUCAGGAAGAUAACUACUUCCUGAAGGUGACUGACUUCACCAGAUGCGGCAUCCUAAAGAGAAACGGGUUCAUUCACCUGCGAAUAUGGUUCCCCGCAUUCCCUGGAGUAGUAAUGUUAGCAGAUCAAGAAUUGAUCCUGAUGUGUCGACCACCUGAGCCCACGUUACUCCGUCACAAAGCUGCUGGUUUUGCUGGAACAUUUCCGCACGGUGCAAGGGUGUCCGGGGUGGUUGAGGAGACACCUGGUCGUCUGGAAUACGAAGUGGCCCUUUAUCGAGAGGCCACGGGCAAUGUAUCAGAUGCAUCGGGAUCGCAGGCGGUCGAUCAAGCUGUUCCCAUCGGUACGAAGCUUCAGCUGAGAGCUCGAAUCAGUCCGGACAGCGCAUGGGGAUACAUUAAGCUGUUGGAGGUGACCGUUAGCCCCGAUCCUGAUCAACCUCACGCACCAGGAAGUGUCGUGUUGGUGAAAGACGGCUGCAGAAAUCGGGAUUUCGCGUCGAUAAUUCCUCAUCAGCCGGCUCGUUACAGGGAGAGAAAGAACGAGGUCUUCCUCGAUUUCGAGGCCUUCCUUCUCAGCUCCAUGAGAGAACGAUCCACUCUGUGGAUCCAUUCGCAGAUCAAAGCAUGCAUGGAACCGCAGGAUUGUCAGCCGGAUUUUUGUCUGGACCUUUUCGAACCAUCAGGACAUGGGAAGAGAAGAAAAAGAUUUGUAGAAGAAACACCAAACGAUUUUCUUCCUAGAGUCGAUCGUUUAAUAAAAGAAUACAACGAUUCGACUCCUUACACGAAAUUUAAAGAAAACAUCGAGUACACGGUGAUGAUGCCCGAUGAAUUGUAUCAAAAAGUUGCUGCUGGAUUGGAAAACAGUUGCGGUAGUUUCCUCUACGUUGCAACCGGCUUAGGUGCGCUUUUAGUUUUAUCGGCUCUUAUCAUGUGCUACCUGGCUACACGUCUUCACAAUUUAUCGACGACAAUGCCGCAAAAUAAAUCGAUCGACGAGCUGAUACGAGAUCGUGCUAGAAAGUAUGCUGAAGCAACGCCGGGUUACACUGGUCGGUCAACGGUACAAUAGUAAAUUAUUGCGAACGUUGCGCAUUACUACGCUCAAUCAAAAUGAUCCAGCAGGUUUUACAUAGCGGAAUGAAAUGUGUACCAAAAUUGCUGAUAGCGCUAGUACAAGAAACACGAACUGCGUAUCGAGCACAGUUACAAUCUAAUAUUUGUACAUCAAUGAAUGAUUAACGGAUUAAUUAGAAUAAACUUACAGCGCUUCAGAUACGAAUAAUAUAUACGUAUUAUUUAUUUUUAGAAGAAAUUUAGUAGGAUCUUUAUAGAUUUAGCGUAUAAGCAUAUUGUAGACGUUAUCUGUAUUACAAAGAUCACAAUUAUAAAUUCACACUGAUUUGCAAACAUUAACAAAACGAUAAGACUUCUUGUCACUGUUUCUAAUCGAUCGCUCACCUUGCACGGUUCGUACAAACAAUUGCACGGAAAAAUUCGUAUUCUUUCAGCAGUCACAGUCAAUAUUUAUCUACGACUUGCAAGUCUGUUCUCUGUUUCUUUUCUGAUAAAUUUAUUGAACGUGCAGUGCUAUUACGUGACCUGAAUCAGUGCGUAUGUAAUCUCUAGCGGUAAUUCUAGAUUAAUUUAUAGGAUAAUUAUUUAGGCCCGUUGCAAUUAAUGACGCCGUAUCGGGUUUUCACAGGUGGUUGUAUAACUUUCAGUUAUUGUAUAUACACAAUAGGAUAAUUAUUUAUUAUUUAUAAACGAAGCUUGAUCAUUUAAGGACUCCAGCUAGAUGCUCUUUAAUUGAGCAACUGGACAUAUAAGUAAAUAAAUACAACGAAGUAUUUAAUUAUGUAUAUGAACGCGUACAAUAAUUACGUGUUUCCGAAUAUCGUCGUAGUUUUUAAGAAUGCCGAUUUUGCUUGUAGCAAGAACAACACUAUGUAACAUAUUAUAUUGUUGCAUUUCUAUAAGUACAUAAUGCAGUGUGCGAUUUCAAAAGAGUAUAUAUUUAUAACGAUCGUUUUGAACGAAUCAAAAUAUGAAGAGAACAAUUUUUACAAUAAAAUUAGGCUUCGCUGCACAUAUAUGUACAACAGAUUUAAAAUAAAUACACACCAUCAUUUGUACGUCGUAUGUACGAUCAA